AUGCCCUCAGUCAAAAGAAUCGGUAACACACCAUCGGUUGAUGUGAUCGCCGGCAACGAAGACCUCUUAUUCGAAAUCCUCGUCCAUUUGCCUCCAAAAUCCCUCCUAAGAUUCCAAUGUGUAUCCAAACACUGGCUCUCUCUCAUCUCCAACCCCCAAUUCCGCAGCCACCACUCCCGGCGAAACCCUAACUCCGUCGCCACCGCCCUCUUCUAUUACAAAAAAUUUCCAUUUCCGGAGUUCGGCUUCCUUUCUCUAAAAGCCCUAGAAAACCCAACCAAUAACACCCCCUUCCAUUUUCUCGAUUUCCUCAGCACAUUCAACGAAGUUAUUUACGCACAUUCUUGCAAUGGCUUACUGUUUGUCGAACUGUGGAGGGACUCCGGUGAGUCUCUGACGCACGUAGGUGAUAGAGUAUCCUAUUUUUACAAGAAAGGGGUGUAUUGGAAUGGUGCGAUUCAUUGGGUCUCUACAUCUCAGCCUUUCUUGUGCUUUGAUGUGGAUGAAGAGCACUUUAAAGCAAUGCCCUCGACUUUGAUCCCGAAGGGGAGAAGCGAGAGGAAGAUUAAGUAUUUCGGGGUGUCUGGAGAUCAUUUUCAUCUGAUUGAGAUAUAUGGGCCUCGAAGGACUGUGUUUGAUGUGUUGGAGAUGGAGGGAGACUACUCGAAAUGGGUCGCCAAGUUUCGGGUUGAUCUUGAUGCAUCAAUUUCCAUUGAUAACUCACCAAGACCUGGUGGAAAUUUUAGUAUACUCUCUCUUUUUCUGGAGGAAAAAGAAGGCCGUAUGCUUUGGAAGAAGCUUGUACAGUUUGGGAAGGGGUUUUGA